AUUUGACAUCGGUUGAAAGAUGUCAUUUGACGAAGUGACGUGAUACAUGGGGCGGGGCGUGGAGCGGAGGUUGGCAGGUUAGUUCCAGAAGUUUAGUCGACAGAAUCGCUGGAGCACAUCAGAUAUCUAGAUACUAUUUAACGUUGAAAUGUCCGAUCCAAGGUUGCGCCAACUUACGAUCAAAACAGGUGUGGUGAAGCGCUUGUCCAAAGAGAAAACCGUAUAUGAAAAGGAAGUGGUCACUCAACGGAAUCGCAUCGACAAACUGAAAACCGAAGGCGCCGAUGACCAUGUCCUUCGUAAGCAGGAAGAGGUGUUGCAGGAGUCCAUGAUGAUGGUACCGGACUGUCAGCGAAGAUUGGCAAAGGCCUUCGAUGACCUGAGCGAAAUGAUAAAAAACGAGGAAGAGCUGAAGGAAAGUGAUCAGUAUGUUGCUGCCGUUGCGAUUCUAGAAGAUGCUAAAGUGAAUCUGCCUCAUUGAUGUGCGAGCCUGGAA